AUGGCAGGCAAAUAUGAAUGCAGAAACAAAGGACAGCAAAGUCCGGGCAAUCCCAAACCAUCUGAUAUCAUUCACAGUCCCCAGGGCUUGCCAUCAUAUGUUCGCGUGAAUGAUUUCCGCCAGUUGCGUCAGCCAAAAACCCACCAAAUGAGCUACGGUUUCAUUCUUCUGAAUUCCUUCACGAGCGAGCUUUUGUUGCUUUGCAGAGGAUCAUCUUUAUGGAAAACAGCGAGCAGAGAAAAAAAAGGACGCAGAAAUCAUAAAGUGGUUUUGAACGAGUUAAGAAAGCGCAUUUGUUGUAUGAGUGAAAGACUGUGUGAGUGUGAGCGAGGGGAGGGAAGGGAAGCAGCGAAAAAGCUCGAAACUCAUUCAUAG